CUCAGGCUGGGAGUCCCCCUCUUCCCUGGUAGCCGGGCGCAGGGAAGGGGGAAGCCCUGAACCAUCACCCCCAGGAUGGAAGAGGAAGAGGAGGGAAAUGCCUGGAGAAGUGUGGUCAACCUGGUAGCUGUGUUUGAAGAUGGCAGAGCCACCCAAGGGGACCGACACCAGGGGCUGGGCGAGACCAACAAGAGGAGGCCGGUCCCCGUGGCGGCUCCGUCCGCCCGCUCUGCAGGACCCCAGAAGCCCCCCGGUGCCCGGGGGCAGCCGCUCGGACCCUCGCCGCCCUCCAAAUGCCAGCCGGGCCCCGGGCUGCUGUCGUCCCUGGAGCCGGGGCCCGGCCAGGAGGCUCAGCCCGCUCCGGCUCGCCGGGCCGCAAGCAUGCGCUACCUGAGCUCCUUCAAGAGCAACAUCUCGGGCAGCGACUGGCGGACCACCCAGAAGCCUGGCAAGGCAGAUGGCAAGAAGCAGGAACCAGAAGAGAAGAAGAUCGCCCGGGAGCUGCUGGAGACGGAGCAGGCUUACGUGUCCCGCCUGCAUCUGCUGGACCAGGUGUUCUUCGCAGAGUUGCUCAAGGAAGCCAGGAGCAGCAAGGCCUUCCCAGAGGAAGUGGUCAGACUCAUCUUCUCCAACAUCUCCUCCAUCCACCAGUUUCACUCCCAGUUCUUCCUCCCGGAGCUGCAGAGGCGCAUGGAAAACUGGGACUCCAACCCCCGGAUCGGAGACGUCAUCCAGAAACUGGGGCCCUUCCUGAAGAUGUACAGCGAGUUCGUGAAGAACUUCGACCGGGCCCUGGAGCUGCUGGCCGAGUGGACGGAGAAGUGCCCGCCGUUCCAAGAGCUCAUCGCCAACAUCCAGCAGAGCGAGGCGUCGUCGCAGCUGAGCCUGCAGCAUCACAUGCUGGAGCCGGUGCAGCGGGUCCCGCGCUACGAGCUGCUGCUCAAGGACUACAUCCGAAACCUGGACGCCCACUCGCCCGACCGGGCCCACGCUCAGAAAGCCCUGGAUGUCAUCUUCUCGGCCGCGCAGCACUCCAACGAGGCCAUCGCCGAGAUGGAGCGCCUCCAGAACCUUUGGGAAGUGUACCAGCGGCUGGGGCUGGAGAACGACAUCGUGGAUCCUUCCAACGAGCUGCUCAGAGAGGGCCCCAUCCAGAAGAUCUCCUUCCGCCACAGCCACACUGCCGAGCGCUACCUGUUUCUGUUCAACAACAUGCUACUGUACUGCGUGCCCAAAAUGAUCCAGGUGGGCGCAGAGUUCCAGGUGAGGACACGGAUCGACGUGGAGGGGAUGAAGGUCCGAGAGCUGAAUGAUGUGGAGUUCCCCAAUUCCUUCCUCGUCUCGGGGAAACAGCGAACCCUGGAAUUACAAGCUCGGUCUCCGGAGGAAAUGAAUUCCUGGAUCCAGACCUGCCUCAUAGCCAUCAGCCAGUGCGAGAAGAGGAAUAAAACCUUCAAGGCUGCGGUCCAGGGACCUGAGGGGGACCUUCAGGCGCCCCAGCUCAAGUGCGAGGAACUGGGUCUGCGGGCCCCACAGUGGGUGCGAGACAAGAUGGUGACCAUGUGCAUGCGCUGCCGGGAGCCCUUCAACGCCCUCACCCGCCGGCGGCACCACUGUCGGGCCUGUGGUUACGUGGUCUGUGCCAGAUGCUCGGACUUCCGUGCUGAGCUGAAAUACGACGAGAACCGGCCCAAUCGCGUCUGCCUGGAAUGCUACGUCUUCCUGACUGGAAAUCUGCUCCCCGAGGAAAAGGAGGAGAGACGGAAGGGGAUCCUGGAGAAAGAGUCAGCGAAGGCGUCGGGGCAGAGCUUGAUCUGCAGCUUCCUGCAGCUGCUGGGAGACAAGGGUGGGAAGGGCGGCCUGCGGGGCUGGUUCGUGAUCCCCCGGGAUGACCCGCUGGUCCUGUACAUCUACGCCGCCCCACAGGACGUGAAAGCCCACACCUCCAUCCCCCUGCUUGGAUACCAGGUGAAAGACGGACCCCCCACGGACCCCCGAGCCUUCCGGCUGCUUCAGUCAGGCCAGGCCUACACCUUCAGGGCCGAGUCCGAGGAGCUGAAGCGACGUUGGAUGAGCGCCAUGGCGCAAGCGGCUAGCGGCGAGGGCCCCUCGGAGGCGGAUGGGGAUUCCUCGGAUGAGCUGGAGUGAACGGGCGUCUGCGGGACCCCUCCCUCUCCCCAUCAUCAUCCAUCGUCAAUCGUAU